CAUAAAUUAGUUAUAAAAUAAAAAACUCGAAAUUUUUUUUUAUUCUUAAAAUUUAUAAAAUCAAUUAAUUAUAAAAUUAAAAUAGUAAAAUAUGUGAAUCUCAAAAAAAAAAAAAAAUAGUAAAAUAUGUUUUAGAGUUUGAUUUUACAAAAUAAGUGGAUUUAUUUUAGCUAGUCGGCACGUGGCCUUCUUAGCGAAGUAAAGGAGCUUGGACUUCGUUUACCUGCGGUUUUCUUUUCUAAACUCCGUCCUGCUCACCAACUGUUCGACUAAAUUCCGAACAGAAACCUUGAAAGUUGAAAGAACCAUGGGCAAGAAAGGAGGGAUUAAAAAGCCACCAUACACGCCAACUCCAAGUCACACAUCAAUCUCCUUGAGACAAGAAACAACCGGCAGAAUACAAGCCAAAGGCGCCACUGUUCGUAAUCCAAAAUCAUUCUUGAAACUCGAGCACUUGCAAAACCUGUCAUUAUGGACCGCCAGAGAAGCUUCUAUCCCCUCUCUAUCCGCCUUCUUCGGACGCCAACUCGCCGCUGCUGGGGAAGCAUUGGGAUUCCCUUCUGACCCUGCUCUAUUUCCUUGCCAGAGAUGUGAGACACUUCUUCAGCCUGGUUUAAACUGCACAGUGCGAAUCGCGAAGACCCUUGCAAAGUCAAGGCGAAGACACAAAAAACCUAAUACCUCAAUGCAGAAUAACGUGGUUUACAAUUGCCACUUCUGUUCACAUCAGAAUCUAAAGAGAGGAUCUACAAAAGGCUAUAUGAAAGAAAUAUGCCCAUCUAAGCCAAAGCAAAAGCCAUCAGCUAGGUCAAAACCUUCCAAGCCAAUGCCUGAGAAGUCUGUCAGCUUGGAGGAUGUAUCAGAAAUCAAGGAUGAGAUGGUCAACAUGGAUGAGAUAGCUUUGCCCCCAUUAUUUGGCGAUACUUGUAUCACAAACAGCUCACCAACUCCAUUAGUAAAAAGUGGAGCCACUUUACUGGAUGCAAAGAGGAGAAAGAGAAACAGAUCAGGAGCUAAAAGAUCAGAGGAAUCUGACAAUACAAAUGCUGCAAAAGAUGGUGAAAGAACUGGUAAUGCAUCGAGUAAAAGAAAGAGAAAAUCUUGGACCAGCCUGAAGGAAAUUGCUGAGAGUAAAGAGCAUGAUAGCACUCAAAAUGUUGCUAAUUUGGCAAUCCCAUUUUUCAUAUGAGUUCACCAAUUUUCAUGGUGUUAAGAGAACUGAGAAGGGCCUAAGGGGUUCUUUGAUCAUGUGACAUCAAUUUUAAGUGAAAGAGAGUGCAGUUGUAAGCUUUGUUUAUAGAAAAGGGGUUUGAUCUUAUAUUCCCUUAUUGGCAAAUCAGCAGUUUUGUUGGUAACAUCGUUUUUCUUUUAAAUGUGCAUUUACUGGCGAAUCAUAGGUUAGUCUUUUGUUUCUAACUUUCGCUGUGAACCAAAUUAAAAAGAUGGUUAAAUUUUUUGUACGCAGCUCAUGUCUGUCAUUGAUUGAAGUAGUUGGAAGGUGGUAUAGAGUUUUGAUGCCACUGGUAGAUAUUGUAAAAAUUAUUAACAAUAAAACUAAUCUAUUAUUUGUA